AUGGCCGUCUUGUCAGUUCUGAGUGUGGUGCUUGGUGCCACCGUCUCAACCGCAUGGGGUCAAACCCUGACGGGCGAGAUGAUCGAAAAGAUGGGAAACAACACUCUCUUCACUCGCUGGAGACCUUACUCCCAUUUCCUUGCCCCGUCUGGGUGGAUGAAUGACCCUUGUGGCCCCAUGUAUGAUCCGGCUCAAGGUCUUUAUCACAUGCAUUACCAGUUUCACCCUAAUCACGUCAACUGGGGAAACAUCACGUGGGGACACGCAACCUCCCCGGACCUACUAACCUGGACCGAUGUUGACAACUCUCCCAAUGAUGGACUUGCUGCCUGGCAGGACGGUCAGACAGAGUCACUUGUUACUACCAACCUGACCAGUGACCACUACACCCCGGCACUGUACAAUCACCUGGGUAUCUUCUCCGGAACGGCCCAGCCCGUCAACAUCUCUGGUGUAUCAGACGGCACGCUUCUCGCUUUCUAUACAUCUGUUUCAAGGCUUCCGACCUCAUACAGCCUUCCUUACUUGAAUGGAACCGAAAGCCAAAGUCUGGCAUACUCUACUGAUGGGGGUGUCACCUGGCAAGAGUACGAGAACAACCCGAUCAUCAGCAGCCCUCCUGAAGGGUGGAACAUCACUGGCUGGCGUGACCCAUUCUUCCUCCCAAUUCCGGAGCUGGACACUCUACUCAACUACUCUGAGUCGCAUUACUAUGCUGUCCUUGGCUCCGGCAUCAAGGGUGUUGGUCCUCGCAUGCCACUUUACAGCGCUCCCGCCUCUGAUCUCACCGUCUGGACUUUCCUCGGCUCUCUGUGGGAGCCAGCAGCGAACAGCACCUUGGGCUCAUUGGUAGAAACCGGCUCCUACGGGUUCAACUUUGAAGUUUCCAACUUUUUCGAACUUGAUGGUCGUUACUUCGUCAGCAUGGGUGCUGAAGGUGGUGAAGUGAGCUUCCAUGACCGACGUUGGUCCUUGUGGAAUGAAGGCACUGUUUCAGCUCGUCCCAACGGCAGCGUUGCUUUCAACCCUGUUUCUGGUGGUGCGGCCGACUGGGGUCUUCUCUACGCGAUUACCUCGUUCAACGACACCAAGAACAACCGCCGUAUUCAGUACGGCUGGGCAAGUGAGGACAUGGACAACUUCGGCAUCACCCAGCAAGGCUACCAAGGAGCACUGUCAUUGCCCCGGGAGCUUUUUGUCAAGGACACUUUCGGUGUUGUGCACAACCCUGCCGACACCACCCCCGGCAACUCCCGCUACAUCCAGGGCUCCAACGGCAGCUGGACCGCCAGUACUCUCGGUGUCCGCCCAGCCAGCGAUGUCAUCGAAGGCCUGCGUCGUGGCUCCCGCCACGCCAAGACUCAGUGCAGCCGGAGAAUCUGCGACAACGCCAGUCAACUCCCGCUGCCCAGAAAGCUCAGCAACUCCUACGAACUGAAGCUCGUCAUCAAGAACACCACCGGCGCCACAGGUGUCACCAUUGCCUCCUCGCCUGACCGCGAGGAAUACACGAACAUCUACUACGACCCGUCUAAGCACUCCGUUGUCCUGGAGCGCCUCCACUCCUCCCAGAUCAGCAUGUUCCCCAACACAACACUGGCCGGCUACUUCGAGCCGUACCAGAUCGAGGGAGCAGGCACAGAACCCAUCGAGAUGAACAUCUUCGUUGACGGCUCCCUGGUCGAGGUCUUCGUCAACGACCGCUUCGCUCUUACUGGCCGCAUUUACCCCAGUCGGGACGACAGCCACGGCUUCGCUUUGUACUCUGCCCCUGGCGCUCAUGUCCAGUAUUCGGACAUCGAGAUUUGGGAUGGCUUGCUGAAUGUCUGGCCUCAAAGACCUUUGAACAGCAGCUCUGAGCUUGUCUUUGACACGCCGGCUGAGACAAAUAACUACACUUGGUGGGAGGGGAAUUAA